UAUUUGAGCCAAAGUGAUGAGACAUUUCAGGAGCAAGAUCUGAAAUGUUCAAGAGGAUGACAGUUUUACAGCUUCCUUCAUGCAUCUGGAUUUAGGAGGGGACAUGAGGAAGAUUCCAUGGAGGCGGAGGGAGCCUGGCAGGGAUGGGUUACAGGAAGUUAAGAUUCUGUGCUCUCUGGUUGGUUACAGCUUAUUUCAAAGGUGUGUUAACCUAGAUGCACAGAAACAAUGGACAGAGCUGGCUUACGGCAAAUAUAAGACUUUUAUUGAAGAAGCUACAUGCCUAGGGCGUGGGGACCACCAUGACCUGCACACUUGGGAAUUUAUGAUCAGUUCACCAUGAGGUCACUUUCCAUAGAACCCCCUUUUUUGUCCACAGGGUCUUCUGUUACAGAGUGUGGGCCUCGGAUUUUACGGAGCUGAUUCCACUCAUGCUCACUGUCUUUCAGCCACACAAGGGAGUGUGUGAACAUGCAGUGACUUUUGGGACGCUGCCACAUAGUUCACGUGAGCCUGUCACACAUGGGGCCACACCUCUCACACCCAGUGGAGACAGGCCCUGAAGCUGAGCUCCACAAACGUCAUUCCGUGGAAUGAUAAUUUUCCUAAUAAUAUUGGGAUGCCUGGCCUAACAAAUAUUUUUUAUUUAAUUCCUGACCUAUGAACUUAAAUGCCUUAACAAGUAUACACAUUAAAUAGCUUAUGUUAAAGUGCUAACUUAGGUGGGCUUAGGUGGGAUCUGGAGGGGGUGGUGCCCACAGGGAUGUGGGCACAGGGGCUGCCUGGAGCCUGGUGUUACUAUCAGUUGUCCUUUACAUUAGUUUCUGCUUCUCAGAGAUAGUAUAAUAUUUCCGUUUAUCACCACUAAGUUUCAUGUCAUCUUUCUUGCUCUGGUAAAGUCUGUAUUUUGAUCAGUGUCUGGAGCAGGAGUGCCCGGCAGCCUGGGGCACAGGUGGGAGCUUUGUCACAGGCGCACGAGGGUGUAACCACGGCUCCCAGCUGCUGCUGUGGUUGGCCUGUCUCUGUGAGGGCAGGGCCACCCGUGGGGCUGCCCAGACAGAGUGCAGGGUGGGCCUGGCAGGCUCCUGGCCCUGAACUCCACACACCCCUGCCCUAGCUCUGCGGAACUUGCUCCUCACGCAUCUGGGCCUUGCAAUAGAACCAGGGCUGUUAGCUGUUCACAGCUUCCAUCUGCCAGGUCCUCAACUGGGACUGCCCGUCGGCAAGCCUGGCCCUGGGUGGCAGCACCCUAGGUCCUGGGCCACCGGGUGACCUCAGGAGGUCACUGUGCUGAGCUGCUUUCUGUUCCAGCAGAUGGUCUCCUGCGACCUCGACGUGCAGCCUCCGCUCAGUCCUCGGUACCCUUUACUUCAUGUUGCAUUACGAACUUUGCAAAGUGCUUUAAAACUAGGUCUGCCCAUGGGAGGUUUCUCUUCUCCCAAAAGAGAAAACCAUCUCGCAGAGUGACUUGGACCCCAGGAUGUGGAAUUGGCUCCUGCAGGAGGCACCUAACAGGACUUUCCAGAGUUUCUCUCCUUUUCAUCCAGUCCCUGCUCUAACCAGUGCAUUUCUCUGGGUCUGAGAUGCUGCGCACUCGUCACAGGAUGCACUCUGACCACAGAAACGAGGGAGUUGCACAAAACCGGUGUCUCGGUGAACAAGAUGCUCUAUUUCCUCGGCAUAGUCUUGCCAUGGGGGUUGGGGGGGCCGUCUGAUGCCUGCAGGGACCCCUGCCCUGUGUCACAGCCCCACCCUGUGUCACAGUUUCACUUUCCCAGCCUGGGUGGGGGGAGUGUGGCCAUGGGCCACCUGUUGCCGCAAUGCUGUCCUCACAGCAUGGACAGCUGAGGUCACCUGCAGCUGAGGGGACAAAAUGUGCAGGUAUCCUAAGGGGAGAAGACAGCUGCCCGGUUUCUUUUCUAGGUUUCAGCUCCAUGGAUUUUAUUACAAAACUGUGAUCUUUUUAUUUACUACGUCAUACUUGAUCUUCUUAACCUUUUAUUACGCGCAGGGAGCAGGUUUCCGAGGUUGGAACGAAGUGGCUUCACUGUUUAAUAACGACGAUGAACAGCACCUGCUGGGAAGAUGCAAGUCUCCCAAGUCCAGAGGAACCAGCGUGCGACUGAGAGAGGAGCUGAAGACAGAGAAGAAGCCUGGGUUUUGGGACAAUUUGGUUUUAAAGCAGAACAUACAGUCUAAGAAGCCAGACGAGAUUGAAGGCUGGGAGCCCCCAAAGCUUGCUCUUGAAGACGUGGCAGCCGAGUCGGGCGACCCCCUGAGUGACCGACCGUCUGGCCCGGGCUGGGAGGAGGGCACCAAGGGCUCCAGCAAGUACACCAGCCUGGCCGGCCCCGGGAGCAGCUCGCGCUGGAGCCUCAGGUCGGCCGGGAAGCUGGUCAGCAUUCGUCGCCAGAGCCGAGGCCACCUCACGGAUAACUGGGAGGAGCUUGAGUGACUGUCGGGCUCACCAUCCCAAGUGUUUCACACCAAAAUUUGCCUAAUGUUGCGGCUUUGUUUCAUUUCUUUCAGAUUCUUAGUUUGUGUAUCAGGGUGAUUUUACGAGUCUGUCAAGUUCUUAGUCUUUCCAGAUUUAAGAGUGGCAUCUACUCUGCCUGUAUUUCAUCUCACACGCUGGGAUAGGAAUUCCCAAACACUGUGGUCGCCCGGUGAUGCUCAGUGCUCGCUCAUGGCUGCCUUCCUGCAGAAUCGCUCGCGCCUGUGUGUCUGCGUUCCCAACGCUGGAGAUGCGGGUUUCAGAUGCUGUCCCCUAAGGUACCAGACAGGACUCCCAGCCACCCCAGCUGCAGCGGUUUGCUUCCUGUCGCAGUGGCUCCCGCGUGGAGUGGUGGGUGCUGUCAGUGAUACCGGAUGUAACUGCUGCGACAGACAUCCGCCAGCCAGGUGUGCAGUGAGUCUUGCAAAGGUUGUGUCACAUCGUGUUUAAUCUGGAAAAUCAAGUUUUCUCUCAUUAAAUUAAAAAUAUGUUAGCAAAUCAGGUUCUAGAGCAGAGGUUACAUUUGAUGAAGCAGGAGACGCUGCCAUCUGCAGAAAGGCAUCUUCACCUGCGGCGGGUGGAGACGGUGCUGCUUAUUUAGAGGUUUUAUUUUUACUGCUGGACUUUUUAAUAUUGAUCUUUAUUUUCUUCUAAAAAUGUGCUGUCCUUUUUUGAUUAGAGAUUAAAGAAUGCUAUAAAGUGUGGGUCAAUUUUAGUAACUUGAUAUCAAAUUUUGUUUGGAAAAUAUUAACUUGCUCAUUAUAGGGUUGAAACUAAAUAUAAAAUACUGGAAGUGCCUCUUUUCUGUAAUACCCAGGAUUUUGUUUUCAAAAUGAGAUACUUAUUGUGAUUGCCUUUGGAUCCCUGAGGAGUUGUGUUCUAGCUGGUGUGUGAGCAUUUUGUCCCUGGCAGCGUGACCCCGCGUCAGGGUCCCAGGACAGCUCUCACCCGUGUGUGGCCCACGAAUCCAUCUUAGGUGGGUUUGAAAGAAAAGGUAUCGUGGGUUUUUUUGGUUACAAACAAGAGCCUCUGGUUACACUGUAUCCCUCUUGUAAAGAACACUAUCCUCCCAUUGCUCAGGGCGCACUCUGUGCUGGUCCACAUAAGCAGGUGUUUGUUUCACUCCUGUGGGACACCUCGUGUCUGUCUGUCUGUCAUCCAUCUGACCAUCACCCAUUGGUCUACAUCUGUGUCUGCCAAUCACUUGUCUAUAAACCAUCUAUCCAUCACCUGUCUACAUCUCUCUCACCUGUCAACCGUCUGUCUAUUGAUCCACCCGUUUUUUUUUAAUAGAACAAGAAGUUUACUUGACUAAGCCUUGAACAAGGACACGUUUUAAGUGGUGUUGCGACUGUGACACGUUGGGGGUUCUGUUCUGUGGUGCAGGGGAAGGUUCGUACUUUUAGUGAAAGAGCAGGGUUGAGAACACUCGCUUCCUCAGGUGAACAGUGCAGUACACAGACGGUAGCCCCCAGGCCCCUAAGAAACUCACCACGGGUGUAGACAUACACCUGCCCUGCUUCAUGCCAGUGUCCUCGGCAAGGCCUGUCCCAAGCACAGGGAGGGAGUUCAGUGCGUGGAGGUGGGGACACUGCCCGAGCUUCAGGAGUCCUGUGACCCUGUGACCAGCUGCUGUGACACUGAGUGCCUGUCCCUGACGUCGGCAGUACACCUGGGACCCAUGGCUGGCAGAACAGCUGUUCGUAGCAUCAGUUCUUAAAGUGAGAAGAAAAGCUGGAUUGGGGUUGGAAUGUGGACUGUAAAUAACACUUCAGAUCUACAAACAUUUAUGCAAAUGAACUUCUGUUGUACCUGACUAAGUGAAAAUAGCUGUGUUUGUGGGUUUUAAUAUAAAUAUUGGUGUGCUUCAGGGGAAAAAUAAUUCACCCAAGCAAUUUUUUGUUCAUAGGUUGAGAGAAAUUGUUUUGAUUUAGAGUUUUUUGUUUGGAUUCUGUGUACAAACCACUUAACUGUGUGAAGAGCAGGCUGUCUGCUCCUUCUGAUGUUUUAUUAUUUUUUUAAUACGAAAGUGAUGGCUUCAGGGAAGGUAAAAUUCAUCCUUAAUGCUGAGGUUUUUUAAAAAUAAAAGUAUCAGAAUAUUGUC